AUGGUAGUUUCUCGAAAGGCAGAACGUUCCCUACCGUCGAUAGAAGAUGUUCCAUCGGUUUCGGCUCGAUAAGAUCUAGACCGAGAAAUCUUGAAAACGCAUACGGUAUUCGCGCGUGUCGAGAUAGAUAGAGGAGGGGCAUCGAAAACGCGCGAUGCUAGCGCUAAAAGCGAUUGCAGGGAUAUCUCUAUGGUGGUCGAUCGUGGUAACGGGUGAAGGUAACAUCGUCCGGAAUGAGGAUAUCUGCGGAGCUCAAAACGGACGGCGAUUGUAUCUGGAGCUUGGAGAGAAGGGUAUCUUAUACGCCAGAAACGUCUCGCUGAUAAAGAACGAGCCGAGACAAGAGGGCUCGCGGGUAUAUACGAGCAACAGCUCCCACGCUCAGUGCAAUCUCGAGCUGGUGACAUGUCCGUCCUGCGUGAUAAUCGUAACCUUCGAGAGCAUCGCGUUGUCGCAUCAUUGCGGCGACGGCAGCGUCACAUUGGAUAGCCCGUGCAGGUGUGAUUACGUGUGGAUCUCGGAGCCGCCGUACGAGGAUGUGUCCGGAACUCCGUUUUGCGGAUUGUACGCGCCGAUCACGUACAGGUCCAGCACGAGAACUCUGUCGAUCACGCUGCUUUACAGUCAGUCGCACAAGCACGCGUUCACGCUGGAGUACACGGCGGAGAGAAACAGAUUACACCUGAGAGGUACCGAAUUGACAACGGCGACCGGUCAAGCAGCCAAGGGAUUGAACAACACCGGCGGUGGGAUUUUAACGUCUCCGUUCUUCCCGGCUCGGUAUCCUCGCGAUCUUGGCUUGGAGUACGUGGUCACCUGCCCGAGCGAAGCACCGUUCUGCCGUAUCAGGUUGCUGUUCAGUGAUUUUCAGCUGGCGACUGUGUCGAUAAUGGAGUUCUACGAUUGGAACGGUCAACGACUGGACGUGAGUAGCGGCGCGAGAUUUCGGCCACCGGUAAUAAUGAGCUCCGGCCCUUCGUUGCUGAUACGAUUCUACGCGAAUGGCGGCACCGGAUUGGGUUACAAGGCUUUCUAUUCGUUCGUGAUUGGACAUCCCUUGGACAAAUCCGUGCAACCGAUAACCGACUGCGGCGGUUACGUGGAGAAUCUUGGUGGCACGAUUACCAUGUUGGAUAUGGUGGGCGAAGGGGUAAAAACUUACGACUGCGUGUGGCUGAUCAGGCCCCCCAAGAACUUUUUACACAUGAAAACGCAUAUGUAUCUGAAGGUGAUCACGUUCGCGGACAUGGCCGGUAAUACCGAAUUAGUGGUAAAACAGGGACCCACCUCGGCUCUUUUGCCGCUCGAGAUCCUCAGACAUCCAGCGAGUCAAGUGCAACCACCGAGACACAGGGAGCACGUGGCUCCCGUCACCAGCGGCUUUCACGUCAGUCUACGAGGAACGUUUGGCUCGUCCUCGCACCUGGCGAUUGCCUACGCGGCCUUCAGUUACAUGGACUGUUUCGCGGGAUCGGACUUUCUUUGCCGCAAUCACAGAUGCAUAACGAGUCAGCUGAAUUGCGACGGUUUCGAUCACUGCGGCGACAACAGCGACGAACCGGCAACCUGCUUUCAAGAUUGGGAGCUGGAACCUCAGGAUCGAAAAUGGCACGCGAACAAGGCGAAUUACUACUUUCCAAAGAUCGAUCGUUACCCAGACCUGAAGACGGCUACUCUGGUGUUCGUGGCGAGCAGCCUCGGACUGAUCGUCUUGAUAUCGGCGCUGAUCAUCUUGCUGUACAGAAUGGGCGCCAGAGCCAGGCAGCAAAGAGAACUUCAGUCAAGACUGCAAACGAUCAGCGAGCUUCUAGUUUUCGAUAUUGCAGACGGAGCGCGAAUCGACGAAAUCACGGUGUCGGACGACCCGCCGGUGUACGAAGCACCGCCUGGCUACGACGAGGUGGUGAAGCUCGGAUUCGACUCGGAGAUCAUCGCUCGAAGAAAGAAGAGGGCGUUUGGUAGAGAAACUCGCGGUAGGAGUUCUCCCAGUCAAAGCUGCUCGUUGGACGUCGAACGAUCCUCCUCGGUUUGUUCGCUGGCCGAGAUGGCAGGUAGCAGUCGCGGCAGCGAUCGCGCUACGUCCAGCUCCAACCAGGACGCGGGGAUUCCGAAGAACCGAACUACGACUCGGCGGUUGCCCGAGAGCCCACCGCCGCCGUACGUCACUCCUCCAGGAUCCAUAUCGCGACAUUUCAACGUAUCCGGAUUAGCGUCGGUCGAUUCGAACACGCGCGAGCGGCACGACGAAGAGGAAGAACGGGAGGAGGGAAAGGAGAAGGGCGAGGGAUCGCGUCGGCGGAACUUGCUUCGUCGAGCCGGCGAAUCGUUCCCGUCGUCCUUGUGCGGAAACGACGAUCUUCCAGGACCGUCCACCCCGGGUGACCUCGAAGCACGGGGAUCAUUGGUCUCGAUCAACGUCGAAUUUCUCGGUGCGUAUUCGCCGACUUGCAGCGCUUCGAAUUCGAUCCGAACGGCCAGCGUCUCGUGUGAUUCGCAGCGGAGAACCUCGCGCGCUGCUUCGACAGACACGGAGUCGUUGGAUCGCGGAGACGCAGCAGGAGACGCGGAAGAAACGGUCGAGGGGGAGAGACGAUCCGGAGCAACCGUCGAGUCGGACACGGAAGAACAGAUCGGGGAACCGUGCGAGGAACCGGGCGACCAGCCAACCGUCGAGGAUGCCGUCGUGGACAGCGUUACCGAGGAUAACGUCAAGUCUGACGACGGUUUCGCGUCCGGAUGCUCCUGCGAAGGUGCCUGCGGCUGCGCCACCGUUCGUCGAUCGCCGUCGUUCAGAGAGCGAACCAUCGGCCGCCUCUGGUCGGUUCGUUGUAUUACCGCGGACCAAAGCGCGGAACGGUCGGCGGCGGAAGAAACGAAUAGGCGACGCUGGCAAAGGGAAAGUGGAAAGAAAUCGGGCCAGGAGCGGAAACGAAACGAAACGAAGGAGAACGCUGUGGAUACGAGAAGGGAUAGGAAGGUGGAAGAGGGUGAGGACGAAGAUAUGGAAGAAGAGGAACGAGAGGAGGGAAAGGAAGGAGGAAGCAGCUAUCAGUCAAGAGGCAGUACGAUCGUGAAAUUGCUGGGCGCGAGAAUGGGUAAAUGGCAGAAUGUAAGCACCGGCUCCACGGUUGCAUCCACGGCAAGUUCGACGCCGUGCGGUACCUUCGGAAGGUCCAUGAGGAAAUUGCCGGUUUGCUCGCGCGACGGAUACCUCGGCAGAACUUCGACGAUCGGAUCGAUCGGCAGUUACGAAAAGUUGUGCAACGGCGAGUUCGAAGAGUCGCGGAUGAAUUUGCGCGCCUCCGAUCCGGUCUCGAUCGGAUCGUCGUACCGCGAACGACGAGGCUACCGACGAUACUCGAGCUGCGAUCUGCAGAGUCUGUACGAAGGGAUGAGGAUCUUGGACGGAUUCCUGGCGCGAAGAGGCCUGGCGGUCGCGCACACUCGGAAACAAUCGGUAACGGUGAUGUUGUUCGGAACACCGGAGCACGGAGCUAUACGGCGACGACCUAUCGGCGAGGAGGGAACGAUUCGCGAGAUCGGACGCGUUUCUCGACUCAGUCUGGACGGUCUUUCGAAUUGAUCGAGGAUUCCAUCGGGCGAAGAUUACGUUCGUUAAACGGGACACGGGACGGACGUAGAAACGAAGAAAGAGAAACAAGCAACGGACACUUUUGCGAAAAAGAUUUAUUUUUGGUAAUGUUGGCAACGACGAUCGGAAAAUAUGUAGCGACUCAGAAACGCGGCGACGUCCGAUCGCCUUUCGCCGCGUACCUCUCUUCAAGUUGUAAGGAGAUUACGCUUAUAGAGACGUAGUAAAAUAUACAUAUAUAUAUAUAUA